AUGGAGGAAGUCGACGAAACAGAAGCCGUACCUCAGGUCUAUAUGGCAUGCAUCAUGCAUGGUAAUAGAGUGGGAGUUUCUUAUUAUGAUUCCAGUAUCCGGCAACUCUUUGUGUUGGAAUUCUGGGAAGAUGGUACCACAGAUUUUCCUCUGGUUGAUAUGGAUGGAACAAGUGAGGCUCCUGUUGUGAAGCUUAUGAAGAGUUCAAUAUUCAGUUACGAGCAAGCAUGGCACAGAUUGAUAUACCUUCGAGUAACAGGAAUGGAUGAUGGGUUGAACAUCAAGGAGAGAAUCUGUUUUCUAAGUUCUAUGAUGGACAUUGGAAGUGAUGUUCAAGUUCGUGCAAGCGGAGGGCUUCUUGCCAUAUUAGAGAAUGAAAGAAUUGUAGAUACCCUUGAGCAAAAGGAGUGUGGGAAUGCAUCAAUAACAAUUGAUUCGGUUACAGAGAUUUCACUGUUCUCUGUGUUUGGGAUGAUGAAUAAGGUGUGCAUUGGAAAAUUGGAACUAUUGGCUUCUUUACGCGAAACAUUGAAGUCUGUGAAGGAUGUUCCUCACAUACUCAAGAGCAUUUGUUCACUCUUGCACAUCAACAAGAUAUUUGAAGUUGGCCUUUCUGAAACUCUUCGAGAGCAAGUGAGGUAUUUGAAGUUGGACAUCGUUGAGAAGGUGAUUGGUGUCAUUGAUGUAACUAGAAAUAAAGAGAAGGGUUAUGAGACAGUAGUAAAAGAUGGUUUCUGUGAUGAGUUGGAUGAGUUGAGGCAAAUCUAUGAAGAAUUGCCGGAAUUUCUGGAAGAGGUGUCAUCAAUGGAACUUGCACGACUUCCUUAUAUGUCCAGAGACAAGUUUGUUCCUUCUAUUGUUUAUAUACAUCAGAUAGGUUACUUGAUGUGCAUUUUUGGAGAAAAACUUGAUGAAACAAUUCUACAGAAACUUCAAGAUUUUGAAUUUGCCGAAAUGACAGUAGACACAUUCAUUCCCAAUGACACAAAGAUUUUGGAUGAAGGAAGGAUCAAUAUCAUCACAGGCCCUAAUUAUUCAGGGAAAAGUAUUUACAUAAAGCAGAUGUAUGAGCUGAAUGCAUGCUGGCCUGGCGCCAGAGUGUCAGGCACCAUAUAUCAGAUAUUAAUGCUGGUAGCUUUGAUAGUUUUCCUUUCCCACAUCGGGAGUUUCAUACCAGCAGAUGCAGCUACUGUGGGUUUGACUGAUAGGCAUGCAACUUCUCGAUCUUUAUGUUUAUUAGAUGAAUUUGGGAAAGGCACUCUUACUGAAGAUGGCAUCGGUCUCCUUGGUGGAACCAUCAAUCAUUUUGUCUCAUGCUAUGACCCGCCAAAGGUUCUGGUUUGCACCCACUUGACUGAGAUCUUUGACAAUAGUUGCUUACCCAAGUCUGAGAAAAUCAAGUAUUACACCAUGAGCGUAUUAAGACCUGACGACAACUGUACCGAUGUUGAAGAUAUUGUAUUUUUGUACAGGCUGGUUCCUGGACAUGCACUUCUUAGCUACGGACUGCAUUGUGCGUUGCUUGCUGGUGUUCCGGAAGAAGUUAUAAAGAGAGCAGCAAUUGUAUUGGAUGCUAUCGGAAACAAUAAGCAUGUUGAGCGACUGUGCAAUGAGAAGAUAACCACUGAAGAUCAGCAAUACAAGGAUGUCCUGGAAAAGAUGUUGGCCUUUGAUGCUCUGAACGGGGAUCUGAGCCUCUUUUUUCAAGAUGCCUUUCCAUAGGUUCAAAAGCAUCAAGGUAUAUCAGUUUUCUCACCUAAGCAUUUCAGCAGCAUCAUCUAUUAUGG